CGUCAAGGUAGGACAAGGAGCACUCGGGUAACGUUUUAUCGCUCAAUGGACCGCAUUCCGUCAUGUCAAUGCAAUUUGGGCCACUCCCUGUUAAGAGGUUGUGUUUUUUUUAUAUGGUAUAGAUACAUUUUACUCAUUCUCGUUCAUAUCAACCGUUACGUAUUAUAACGAGUGCGUGCAAUUAGGACAAUGCGCGCUCUUCCUGGUAGGAUACCGGCUCUUGCUGCUGAAAUACCGGAUGUCUCCCUGAUCUGAUGUCGCGAUGUUUCUUUCUCCAAGCCUCGAAACAGGUCGUCACUGGUUGCCACAGUCAUUAGCCCAGCCCAUUUCUACAUUUUAUCUUCUGAUGAACUUAACCUUAACCACCAUGCUAACCUUAAUAUAAAGUUAAGUCCAAAAAGCUAAUUUUUGUUUUCAUGAAUUAUUUUUUACGAUAUAGCUAUUUUGACUUUGUGGCUGUGCAAUCUAGUGGAAACCUGUAAAACGUCUUAUCCACCAAUUGGUCGCUACCCAGGAAGUGGAUUGAAGAACCCACCUGAUCGAUUUGAACCAGUAGUAGUACAGUAUAAUUGUAGGUGCGCAGGACUGAAAGUGGCUGCUAGAUUUAAGCAGUUUGUUGUCUGCGGGAUGUCCCGGAAUUAAACCGGUCGGCUUGGAAUUUGAUUUAGUCUAUGGAGGUGCGGAACAGGAAAACGCUGCCCUUUUAUAAUCUCUUAAACGGGAGGGGAUUUACUGUCGACUGUCGACUAAUCCGUUGAAGAGACUGCAUGACUAUCGUUUCGUGACAUCGUUUUAUUGUGAUGUUUUGGUCAACAGUUUGUGAUACAUUGUUGCAGCGCUGAAGUUAGACUCCCCGGCGCGGUCACAGGUAAACUGGCGCCAACGGUUCAAGUAGAAUAACUGACCAUAUUCAUCUCCGAACUAUUCACCAUGUUUCUGCAACUGUACAGAGACCGUCGGUUUGUCAUUGUACAGUCAGCCUGAAUGCUAUCAGAUAGCCGAGGGGAGAUGCGGGUUGAUGUGGAGUACAGCCCGGUCGGCGAGGGGCUGGGGAUGAGCGAGUUCUGGCUCCAUGUGUGGAUGCGGAGGGUCGCGGUGAUCGCUGCCCAUGUUAUUGCCUUUGGUCUCACUGUGCUGAUUUCACUACUGUCUCGCCCUGGAACAAGUCUCUUUUCCUGGCAUCCUGUUUGUAUGUCUAGUGCAUACCUCCUGUGCCUGACCGAGGGGAUCCUCCUCUUCUCUCCCGAGGGGACUCCAUUCUGCUUCAAGGCUCGGAAGGGUAAGGUCCGUCUGCACUGGUUCAUCCAAGCCCUGGCCCUAUUGGCUGCAGCCACUGGCAUGGGCUUCAUGGUGGCCAGCAAGAAUGUGUCAGAGCGCCCCCACCUGGCCACCUGGCACAGCCUGUUGGGGGUUGGCACCCUCGCUGCCAAUGUCCUCCAGGCCGCCUGCGGCAUCUGCCUCCUCUUCCCCAAGCUGCUCAAGCUGUCCCCGCCACGGCUCAAGCUUUACCACGCCACCUGUGGCCUGGUGGUGUACCUGCUGGCGAUUGUGACCGUGGUGUCGGCCAUGUUUUCGGACUGGUUCCAGGCUGCGGUGAAGGGGGUGAUGUGGUACGCCUUCCCGCUGCUGCCCAUGUUCCCAGCCCUGGUGGUCAUGAACCAGAUCACUAAUGCCUACCUGCUACGCAAGAAGAUCACCACCUGAGAUUAGGAUGUGGCUCGCACAUACAGUAGAGUACAGUAGAUAUGGUAGCCAACAGACAUACAUACUUGGUAUCUUAAAAGAUAGACAUACAGGUAACUGCAAAAAUGAAGGUAACACCAACAUAAAGUGUCUUAAUGGGGCGUUGGACCACCAAGAGCCAGAACAACUUCACUGUUUUGUACGAUUACAUUACAUUUUUCAAACAAUAUAGACAUAUACAGACAAAAUAAAAACGAUAGACGCACACAAACAUCAAUGACAUCACAUCUGUCCAGACCCACAUGUUCCCACCGCAUCUAUCUCCAGUGACAUAGAACGUGUGAACAUGUAGGCUGAGCAAACGUUUAACAGAGAACACACCAAAGACAUAAAGCAAGUACUUCUUUGUGCCUUUUUAGGGCUUAUAAACUCUAACUCAUCUCCUAAUGUACCAAAAGACUGGAUUAUGUCAUUGUAAAUACAUUGGCGAAAGACUGACACUUAAAGCUGCAAUAUGUAACUGUUUGGGCGACCUGACAAAAUACACAAAGAAAUGUGAGUUAAAGACCUAUAAUUUUAUUUGAAAGCCAGUCUAAGAAGCAGUAGAUCUGUUCAAUGUGCUCUUUCUAUGCUUCACGUUUUUUAAGUUUCGGUUUUGUGUCUUUUACUUUUGGUUUUGUACACCGGCUUCAAACAGCUGGAAAUACAAUAUUUUUGGUUAUGGAAAAUAUAUUUCACAGUGGUUUAGAUGGUACAGUUAUUCUCUACACUAUACUUGCUUGUUUUGUCACUUAAACUGAAAUGAUGUGAACUAUUAGAAUUUCUGCAUAGUGCAUCUUUAAAUACUGUGGUCAGUUUAUAAUACCUUGUGAAUGAAAGUAUAGUGGCUGGUGGGGCUCUACUUGGGGAGAGUGGGUCCACCGAAAGACCGAAGUGAUGAGAGGCACCACACAUACUCCAGGGAAGUGUCUGAUGCCCUCCCAGAUAACUGUCCCAAUCCCUCAGCUAGAGCCCAUCUCCACUCUCACCAAUAAGCACCAUUGGAUCUUAGCUAUAAUGGCAAACUUCCUCUCCUAAUUUGGCAUUGUCAUGCUCAUCAAACCAUUCAAUGACCACUCAUGCCUUGUGGAUGGGGGAAUUGUCAUUCUAUGGGGGCAUAGCCAUGGUCGCCAAAAUAAUGGCCUGCACUGCAUUUUUAUACAUGACCCUAAGCAUGAUGUGAUUUUAAUUGCUUAAUUAACUCAGAAACCACACCUGUUUGGAAGCACCUGCUUUCAAUAUACUUUGUGUCCCUCAUUACUCAAGUGUUUCCUCUUUUAUUUUGGCAGUUACCUGUACAUACUUGGUAUCUUAAAAGAUAGACACAGACAAUGGUGUAGUGGAGGGUAUAGGCCGUUUACCCACGUGUUUUUCAGUGGGCAUUGCGUAUACUCCUUAAUCCCCACAUUGCGUAUAGUAGUGUAGUGAAGGUAUACGCCUAUCAAUGAAUAAGGCUGAUGGAUCAGAUCAGAAUGUUGAGCUUAAAAAAACCAUCUGAAACCUGUGAAUGACAGACUCAUGUAUGUUUUAGCAGUAGGCCUACUAUUAGCCUACUGGCACAGCACAGAGUGUGAAAGACUAAUAUGAGAUUUAUCAUUUUAAGUCAUUCAGAGUGUAUGUCACUGUUUCUCAUAGAAUUUGUAUAUAAUAUUCCAUUUAGCAGACACUUUUAUCCAAAGCGACUUACAGUCGUGUGCAUACAUUUUAUGUAUGGUUUGCCCCGGGAAUCAAACCCACAACCCUGGCUGUGCGAGUGCCAUGCUCUACCAAUGUUUCACACAGGAUGCCUUUCCUUCACCGGGCGGGCCAUUAGGGAAAUGUUUGGUCAAAUUACAUUAUACUACCAUUCCCGGCACCACCACCACUGGACACAGAUAUACAUACUAGGUAUCUUGAAAGAUUAUCAUCUGGCACUCAGUCUUACACAAGUACAAACAUAUACAAACGACUAACUAGAGAUGUUAGUUGUGCUCACACACACCUAUAAACACCGUAGUAUCCUGAUAACCUUGUCUGGGACCUGCCCUGAGAGGCUUAUGAAAGCGGACCACUACUGGGACUGAGCAGAUGUAACUGAAGUCGUCUCCUUUGCUUCAUCUGUUUCUCUAGAUGCUACUUUCCACAUUUUAUCCAGCGAACAAUAACUCUGAGACACUACUGUAUCUGGAGGGUUUAAGGGAAUACAGUACCUACUUUACUACCGUGUAACAACCUGAAUGUGUGGUUGUGAGCAGAGCAGCUAUGUGGAUGUGUAUUUUACCAACCCAUUUUUAUCAGGGGUCGGCAACUCGAUUGAGCCGCGGAAUGUUUUUUGUCAGAGCAAAUUGUCGGGGGGCCGGAACAUAAUUAUGUAAAUUUGCAAAUAACACUGCAAAUUGACCACAACUAAGUCCAAAAAUAGAUUUUAUUUGAAAAUAACAAUAAUUUCAUACAUCGAUUACAUUAAGACACAAUCACAUAUCUUUUUAUUACAUUUGUGAGAAUACAUGCGAAAAGAUUUCCUAAAUGAAACACAUUUUUAUCUGAAUUCCUGGUGAUAUUAGUAUUGUUGUACCUAAAAGUAAAAUCACGGGACGGUUUUGGCUCGCGUGUUGCCGACCCUGCUUUAUAUGUUCUAUUCAUGAUUUGUCUGUGUGUGUCAUCAGUCAACCUAUGUUACUGAACAUUAGCCUCAAUGACACGUUUCAAAAGUGGCAUGUCUGUUUUUAUUUUAACCCACGUAUGUUUAACCCAUGCUGGUUGUCUUGUCUGGGUCAAUGGGAGAACUGUUUGUGUCUUGUGGAAGGUAUUUGUUUUUUCUGAGUGAGGAUGUGUCUUGGUCUAUUUUUAAACUUUGUUUGAAAGCCCUGGCGCACAAAGGCCUAUUUGAUGUGCCAGCACAACGCCUGAACUUCUCCCAGUCUUGUUCAGUAGAUAGAAACAUGUAACAAAUGGUCAAAAUACAAUGAUCAAUUUACCUCUAUCUAUUUAAAGAAAUAGUGACCAAAUACCAGCAUGUUGUUGGUCCAUUUGGACCAUUUCUAUACCUGAUAAAGUGUAAAUAAGUAAAACUACACACGAAAAGGGAAAAAUAUAUUAUGAGACCAUAAUCAAAUAUUUUUUGAAGGAGGUGCCUGUUUUUUAUUCCUCAGGUCUUCCCUGCAGUGGCAGGAGUAAAGGAGAUGGUUGUUAAUGUUGUAUUCAGUGCCCACCGAGACCCCUGUGUAUAUUCCCUGCUAUUCUAUAUAAUGUAAGUCCCGCAAACUCAACUCUGGACCUCGAAGCCACUUCCACUGAGUAUUUUAAAAUGGUUCCCCUAUAAUUAGGGACUGAUUUAGACAUGAGAAAUGAGGUGGGUGCAAUUAAUUAUCAGGUAGAACAGAAAACCAGCAGGCUCUAGACCUCAUAGGGUAAGAGUUGAAUACCCCUGAUGUAGGUCAAAGUUUGCAAGUUACUUGGUGUAUGGCUAAUAAAACGGCAUUUGGUACCCAUGUUGUGAAACCCAAAUCUCUUCUCUGCUUGACUUGCCUGCAAAACCAAUGCAACUCACUCUUUUAAAUUCUGCUUCUGACCUCAUUUUAACUAACACAAGGCUUGUUGCGUUUACUGAUUACGAGUGGCUGAAUGUAGUUUCUAAGGUGGUCUUUCAGUGUGAUUAUAUGGUAUGAGUCAUGAGUCUGUCAUGUUUGAGUUGUGGGGACCAGGCCAGUCAAACCAAUGUAUGUAUACUUGCAGAAUAUAUUUAUUUUCCAAAUGCAACAA